AUGGAUUUGUCAAUGCUUUUUGUGUUCGUUUUUACUGCUGGGGUUGAUGGUCUCGAUGUCCAUGGCCCCACUGGUCCGGUUCUGGCCCAGCUACAAGGCUCAGUCCACCUGCCAUGCUUUAGUGAAAGCCCACUGCCUCUGGAAGGUCUGCAGGUGGAAUGGAGAAAGAUGGAUUCAAACUCUAUAGUAAGUCUCUUCAAGCAUGGAGAAAGCAGACAAGAUCUCCAGAGUCAGGAGUUUAGGAGCAGAGCUGACGUUUUCCUAGAUGAAAUAUUCAAAGGGAACUUCUCUAUCUUACUUAAAAAUAUGACAGAAAAAGACGCAGGAAUUUACAGAUGUCAAGUUACUACUUCCCAUAUCUCCAGUGAAGUCAUUAUGGAAAUUAAAGUCAUCAAGCAUUUUGUGGUGACAGGGGCAGACAGAUCUGUCUUUGCUCAUGAGGGUGAGGAUGUCAUACUGAACUGCUCUGUAGAUUCUCAUGUCCCAGUCAGUGAGAUAGAAGAAGUGACCUGGAAAAAAACUGACCAAGACCAAGACAUGCUUGUCCUGCUUUAUCAAUCCAGUCAGAUAUUUCCAGAGUCCUCACAUGAGCAAUACCAGGGAAGAGUGGAUUUAUUUCCUUCUGAAAUCCCCAAAGGGAACUUCUCCCUAAAGUUGACGGGUGUAAGGAUAGAAGAUAAAGGAGAAUUCAUGUGUGAGGUUCACAUUAGGAACAUGUCAGCACAUACCAUUGUGGUUCUGCAGGACGUAGGUUUCUCGGCACUUCAUAUAACAAUAUUGGUGUUGUGUUUGGUUUCACUGUUGCUUGCUAUAGGAUUGUGUGGUCCUGUUUUUAACCUUCUAAGAAAAAAAGACACUAGCAACAAAGCCAUGAAAAUGCACAUUUCUCUGAUCCUCUGUCCAAACAUCUGCAUAUUUGUUGCUUUUUGCUUGUGGUCAAAAGAAGGGCUUCUUGCUGAAGUCAUCACUUGUUCAACUAUCAGUAUCAUAAGACCCAUCAUGUUGCUAAAAACCUUUUUGUAUAUUGGCAGAUUACCACGUAAGAAAAACUUCUUAUUCUUUUUCAAAUAA